UCUUGACUCUUGUCCUGCAAGGCUGCAGCCUCUCUCAUUCUGUGUGUGAAUCCUCUGUUUCUUGUGUCUCUUGACUGAAUUGGCUUAGACCUAAACGUUAAAAACAACAUAAAAAGAGAAACAAAGAUAACCCUGUUAAGUCUUAACCGACUGAGCUCUUUUGUUCUUAGCUUCUCGAGUUAAGCCGCGGAAAGUUUGUUUUUUUCUUCACUUGGGUUUUGGUUUUCAAACCCUAGUUUCUGUCUAUUUUGGUUUGCUGGCUUGUUUUGCAGUGCUUGGUGGGACUUUGUUCGUUCAUAAAGCUGAUAAUCUGAGACCAACGCCAUGCUAAUGUAGCAGAAAAGGGGUUCUUUGAAAGCUUUGUGGAACUUUUCAUUGUCAAAAUGUCUAAAGAUACGCAUGGUUUUGUUGCUUGGGAAGAGCACAUUAUAUGCCAUGAGCGUGGUAACCGUGUUGUUCACUUUUACUUGAAGGAUACAUUUGGGGAUUUGGUGCUUGCAGUUGUAGGCACUGAGAGGAGUAUAAGGCACAUGAUGUAUGUUGUUUCAGAUGAGUUCUUGAAUGCUUAUGGGUCAGAAAGAUUUAUCAAUGCGUCUACAAAAUGGCGAGCAAGACGAGAAGUUGUAGACUGGUUGUCAUCACUGGUUGUGAAGUGUCGACCCCCGGUUGAUUUUUCAAAUUCACAGGUGAAUGGUCUUCAACAAGAUUUCGGAUCUCUUGAUCUUUUGAUGGCUGGGUUAAUUACUCAUCAAACCCAUUUAACGGAUUCAAUGGUACUGAGGAAAUUGAGAGUUCAACAUUCAAACAUUCAGUGGUCUGGUGUUGCCUGGAUGUGCGCUAAACAGCUCAAGCACUACCCAUCUUUUUGCAGGAAUGGAACUACAAUAGCCGUUCAUUCUUUUGUAUUUAUCAUGGCUGAAGAAAAAAGUCACUACCUUGCAUACUUGGAAGAUAUGUAUGAAGACAAGAAGGGGCAGAAGAAAGUGAAAGUGCGGUGGUUUCACCACCAUCAGGAAAUUGAAGGUGUAAUUCCUAAUUUGCAUCCACAUCCUAGAGAAGUUUUCAUCACAGCUCAUGUUCAAGUUAUCAGUGCAGAGAGUGUUGACGGUCUGGCAACAAUCUUGACUCCUAUGCACUAUGAGAAAUGUGUGGCUGCUGUUCCUCAUACUUCAACCUCAAGUAUCCAUAUUUGCUUUAGGCAGAUAAAAAACAAUAAGAUUAAACCCUUCACUCUCACUAAAUUGCGAGGUUACUCUAAUCAAGCAAUCUUCUCUGCUUUAUCCCCUACUGUGUCCAAGCAGAAGGUGAAGUACCAUAAAAGGAAUGAGGAAGAUGAGGAUCCUGUGAGGGUGAGUGCUAAAAGAAGUAGAAGUAGUAAGGGGCAAGAGGGACUGGAAGGUGGUUUUGGUGUGAAAAAUAAGUUUCCUGCUGGCCAAAUUUUGAAUGGUGAACAGAAAUACCCAAAAUUAAAGUUAAGGUUUUCAAGAAAAACAAUGGGCAUAAAGGUGGUUUUACCACAGCCUAAAUGUCCUGUUUCAUUUGAGGUGAAUGAAAAAAUAGAAUUGCUCUGUCAAGACAGUGGCAUUCGAGGCUGCUGGUUUAGGUGUCAAGUUUUGCAAACAUCUCAGAAGCAUCUUAAAGUUAAAUAUGACGAUGUGGAGGAUGCUGAUGGUCCUGGAAAUCUAGAGGAAUGGGUGCCUGCAUGUAGAGUCGCAGCUCCUGAUAAACUGGGCAUGAGAUGCCCAGGCCGCCUGACAAUCCGACCAUGUCCCCCAGAAGAUUCUGCAGGCUUUAAAUUUGAUGUUGGAGCACCAGUUGAUGCAUGGUGGAGUGACGGAUGGUGGGAAGGUCUUGUAUUUAGUGUCAACAUUUCUGGAAAUGAUCUCCUGCAAGUUUACCUACCUGGAGAAGACAAGUUCCUGACUGUCCAGAAAAAAGAUGUUAGGACUUCCAAAGAUUGGGUUGGUGACAAAUGGGUUGAUGUAAUGGUAAAUCCAGAUAUACUCUCUUAUAUUUCUGCAAAUAUGAAUUCAAAUCUGAAGCGCUUAAUGUGCUCUACUAUUGGAGAAGCACAGCAUUGCGGUAGCAGUGGAUUGCUGGAGCAGAAAGUUAUAACAACUUCCAAACUUGAAACUGUUAUAGAAGUUGAAGCAGAAUUAGCAGGUUCAAUCAUGAUUGACGACCUGAAAAAUGUGAAGGAAGUUGAUAUGAGAAAGCAGCCUCAUGUCGAUGUCGGAAAUGAAAUUAACAAAGGUGGAGAUGGAGAUGAUGAGGAUGAGGAUGAGGAUGUUAAUGACAAAAAUAACAAACAAGAUGCUGGCGACGAGACCAAGAUGGUUUUGGAUGAUGAUGAUAUUGAAUCUGCCAACCAGAAGAAAUUAGCAGUAGAAGCUCAGCAAGUGAUUGCGUAAGUUGUAUAAAAGUUGGUACAGAAAGCGGUGGAGAAAUUUUGACCUGGAUGGUAAAUGAUGUUUUUUUCUGGUUUUCCUGUAUAUAAGAUAGAGAAGAGUUGGCAUACAAAUGUUCAGAGGUUGAUUCUCAGGUUUUCUAACUUCAGGAGAAAUGGCAGAUGUAUAGCAAUAUAGGGUUGGGUUAAAAUAUGCAUCAGAAGUUUUAGUUUUAAGAUUUAGCAGUAUCUGUAUUAGGUCAGAAGUAGCUGACUUCAAUCUUAGGAGUCGUCAAUUGAUGGGUGUUCUUUUGCGCCUAUAGUUGGUGUGCUAGUGUCUUCUGUAAUUUUCUUUUACAUGUUAAAAGGUUUAUGUUUUCAGUAUAGUGUCAAGUUUUAACUGUAAAGGUUUUAAGUUUGUUUAUGUUUGUUAAGGAAAUCAAACAGUGAACUUAUAUUACUCCGGAGGUAUCAUUUUUUCGUUGUUGUUUGCAUGAACCAUUCCCAGUUUGGACCCAUUUAAAGUGAAGGUGGAAAAGGAAGAAAGUUUUUUUCUAAUCUUUUGUUUGAAGGUGGGUUGGGAGGAGGGACAAGCCUAGUAGCAUCAAAUGCAGGUACAAUUCAUUUGUGCAUCCGAUGCAAGUACAACUGCCCAAUAAAGGAGUGUCCAUAAAUGCAUAAUGAACAUGGUACACCUUAACUGGGUGGUUACAGUGCAUUGGAUAUGAAAGAAUUAUACUGAAAUGCAGAGUCCCCAUUAGAAUAAUGUGUCAUCUUCUAUCAGUUGUGAAAAAAUUAAUCUUAAAUGAAG